AUGGCAUUCUUUUUUAAGCAUAAUAAAAAAUUAAAAAAUGGUACAGGACUUCAACAAAAACUUUAUUCUCAGCCAUUUGAAAGCACGGAAUCAGGAUAUAUAAGUAAAGAAACAUCAUAUCCAUGGUAUAGACAAAAGAUUUUUGGACCAUGUCCAUUUCCUAGAUAUGGACAUGCAAGUAAUUCUAUGGUUAAUAAGACAGGGGAUAUAUAUAUAUUUGGAGGACUUGUUAAGGAAAAAGUUAAACAUGAUUUAUGGGUGAUUGAUUCAGCAACUAUGAUGUCAUAUCAAAUACAAACACCGGGAGAAUGUCCUAGUUCUCGUGUAGGACAUGCGGGACUUGUUAUAGGAAACGCGUUUAUUGUAUUUGGAGGAGAUACAAAAACAUCAAAAAAUAAUGUAAAUGAUAAUUCAUUAUAUUUAUUAAAUACUACAUCAAAAAUAUGGACAAAAGCGGUAGUUUAUGGAAAUAAGCCACCAGGAAGAUAUGGUCAUACAUUAAAUGUUCUUGGAACAAAAAUUAUUAUUUUUGGAGGACAAAUGGAAACAUGUUUUUUUAAUGACAUGUUUUCAUUUGAUUUGGAUUCGUUAAAUUCGCUUAAUGCUAAAUGGGAAUUAAUAACACCGGUUACGAAUUUACCAUCUGCUCGUACUAAUCAUAUAAUGAUUACAUAUCAAGAAAAGCUUUAUUUAUUUGGAGGUACAAAUGGCAAUGAAUGGUUUAAUGAUGUUUGGGUCUUUGAUUAUAAAAAUCUUUCAUGGAAAGAAAUAGCGUGUAAUGGUUGUAUUCCUCAACCUCGAGAAGGACAUUCAGCAGCAUUAGUAGAUGACAUUAUUUAUAUUUUUGGAGGUCGUGGUCUAGAUGGAUCAGAUCUAGGAGAUCUUAUUGCAUUUAAAAUAUCAACAUCAAGAUGGUAUAUUUUUCAAAAUAUGGGACCAUCUCCAAGUCCUCGUUCGGGACAUGUCUUAACUAGUUUUGGUCAAAAAAUAAUUGUACUUGGAGGGGAAGAUUCUUUAAAUAGAAUAGAAGAUUCAUCAAUUAGUUAUAUUUUGGAUACAUCAAAAAUUCGCUAUCCACCUGAAAUAUCCAUUCCAAAUCUAGGUUCAAGUCCAAUGAUAAAAUCUGGAAGUUUAUUAGCACCUUCUCCUUUAUCACCUAUGCCUCAAAAAGCCUUAUCCAUGACCAGUUCAAAAUUAAAUCAAGAGUCGAAAAGUCCUCUUGAUGUUAUAGCUCCAUCAAAAUCAUUACAGCACUCUGAGUCUUUACGAACCCAUAUGCAAACCAUGUCUUUAGAACAAUUUCAUAAACAAAGAAUAUCUAGAAAACACAAUAGAUCGAAAGAUUUUUCUUUUUCCUUUAAAGAAGAAUCUAAUACUCUUCAUCAUUCUAAUAGUAUGAAUAAUUUACAAAUUUCAAGGUCUCAAAGUCAAGAUCAAAUAAAGAAAGUUAUUGUAAGCGAUAUGAAAUUAAAUACAAGUCAAACAAAUACCAACAAUCAAAAUGAAACUAAACCAGCGCCAGUUGUAGAUAAAAAUCAAAUUGAAGUGAUAGAAAUAACUAAAGAGAAGAAUUUAAAUACAGAUGAUUCUCAAGCAAAUAACAAAGAUAUACAGCAUUCAAAAUUUAAAGAAAACAUGGAUGAACUUAAAGUUAAAAAUGAGUUAUUGCAAGCAGAAUUAGAUUUAAUAAAGAAUCCCGAUUUGGCAAAAUCAUCUACAGAGGUCUUUUUUGAUUCCAUUGAAAGGCAAAAUAUGAUCGAAAAUCUUAUAUCUUUGAAAAAACAAAUAACAUUACUUAAAUUAGAAAUUUUAUCACAGACAAAAGCUGCAAGCUUAAAAAUAGCAGAAGCAGAAGCAGAAAAAAAUAAUUGUUUACAAGAAGCAGCAUAUUAUAAGGCAAAACUUGCAGCUUUAUCUACUCCAGAAAUGUUAUCGACUGUUGAAAAUGCUCGUAUUUCAGAAUUGAGCACCAAACUAUCUAAUACUAUAGCAUCAAGGCAAGAAUUAAAUGAGAGGCUAGCAUCAUUAUCCGAGGAUAUUGAUUUAGAGCAAAGAAAAGUGCAACAACUUGAAGAUAUGAACCAAAACUACCUUAAAAGAAUAAAAGUUGCGGAAAGUGCACACGAACGAAUUUCUACUGAACUAAAUGAGACGAGAUUAGCUUGUAUCGAUGCAGAAGAAAAAAUCAAGGAACAAGUUUCAUUAAAAAACAAUUUAGAAUGCGAAAAAAACCAAUUGAACCAGGAGAACAUUACAUUAAAACAAGAACUUGAUGAUCUUAAAGAAAAAAAUAUGCUAUAUUUAAAAUCUAUUGAAAUGAUCAAUAUUUCUGUUUCUAUGGCAGAAAAUCGUAUUACUAAUUCAGAAAAUAAGUCUCAAAAAGAUCAGGAAGCUCGUGUAGAACUUCAAAAUAAAGUUAAUCAACUUACCAGAGAACUUAUGUUAGAAAGUAAUAAAAAACAAGCACUUGAGGAAAAAAUCGCUAAUCUUGAAUCGAAAAUAUUAAAUAUUACUAAAGAAGCUAAUGUAGCACGAGAAAUUAUGAAUGAAGGAAUUCUUGAAUUGCUUAAAAAAUCUAGAGAAGCAUCGUCUAUCAAUUCUUCAAAUGACAAUCAAGUUAAAAUGCUUCAGGAACAAUUAUCAUCUAUUAAGUCUUUAUAUUCUGCAUUACAGGUAUCAGCUAAUAAAUCUGUUAAAGAUUUAGUUGCCGCACUAGAAAAAAUUUCUCAACUUGAAACCUUAAAUUUUAGUUCUAACAGAGAAAUUCAAGAUUUAAGAGAUAAAAUAAUUGAUUUACUUAAAGAAUUAGAUGCUCUCAAAAAGGAUCAUAGAAACAUGAAGAAUUUAUUGAUUACUAAAGAUAAAGAUUUAGAAAUAGCUCAUAUGAAAGCAUCUGCUAUAUCACGAUUACUCGAAGAAUAUCCUUUAUUAGAGGAACAGAAAAUAUCUAAAAACGAUGCUAUUUCGUGUGUAACUAGAGGCACUAGCAUGACUUGUGAUACUUUAGAUAAAAAUGAUUUUGAAAAAAUCAAAGAAGAAAUAGAGCAAGAUAAUGAUAUUAAACAGGAAAUUAGAGAAUCCCAUGACUUAAAUGAUUCUAGUCUAGAAGAUACGGCGAAUAAAAUUAUAAGUUGCCAGGAUAUGGAGAACAAUUCAAAAAGUUCCAAAGACACUGAUCCUGAUAAUAUGCCUUCGAUUAAUCCAGAAAAAGAAGCUCUUGAUCUAGAAAGACAAAAAGUAAUCGACGCAGAACGCCGUUUAGCAGAAUCUGCCCAAAAUUUUAAAGAGCGUUUACAGCAACUUGAAGGCGAUUAUCAAUCAGCAGUCUUCUAUAUGAAAAGUACUGAAAACAUGCUAAAACGCAUGAAGGAGGAACUUUCGAAAUACAAAAUACAAAAUUUCCAUUUAAAACAAGAAAAUGAUAGUUUAAAAAAUUAUAGAAAUGCGAUUAUUCUAAAUCUUAAAGAUCAUAAAAUCAAUGAUGAUGAGAUACAAAAUAAUUCAUUAAGUGAUGAUUAUACAGAAAUACAGGCUCAUCAAGAUAUUUUAUUACAGGAAAAAGAACUAGAAAGUCUUGAAGAAAAAUACAUUAACUUGAAAAAUACAUAUUAUGAUAAUAACAAAGAAUCUGCUGAUAUUAUCUUUCCAGAGUUGGAAAAAACAAUUGACUUGGAAACAAUUUCAAGUAAUAAAAAUUUAGUUUUUGAAAAUUUGUCUAAUGAUCAACUAAUUUUUUCAGACAAAAUAUCUGAAGAUAAAAAUAUUAUUCCAAAUUUAGAAGAUUUAAAUAAUACAAAUAAUUUUAUAAUAGAUUCUAUGGAAAACGACUCUAUAUUUUUGAACGAAUCUGAACGACUUAUACCUAUAGAUCAUUAUAAUAUUCAUGAAACUAUAUCAUCAAAUUCCGAUAAUACAUCUAAAAAUACUGUUAAAAAAUCUAUAUUAUCAAGAACAUCUGAUACAUUAGACUCUUUAGCAAAUGAAUUAGAUCAAUUACGUACACAAUGGGAAUCUACACAUAAAGAUUAUGAAACUUUGUUAUCUGACUAA